AUGACUGCGUCCCGGAUCAUGGAGACCAUUCCUGGUGAAGAUGGAGACCUGUUCGAGCUGGAAGAUGUUAGGAGGCCAAACCGAGAAGUCAGAUUUGAUCUGACACAUGCAAAUGAAGACAUAGAGGCACAUUACAAUGAACCCAAACACAGACACACUCUGCAGAGGAACAACUGGUCCUCUUCAACCCAGAAGGUUUUGUCCGCCAUGCCCAGUCGCUCUAUGAAGUGGAAUCAAGCUGCUGCAGGCAACCAGAGCAGAUCCACCAACACACAACAAAGGAGACCUGUCUCCAUCUGCACUGAAGACCAGGAUGUCUUUACAGAUCAGGACGACUACGUAGAUGAUGAGUUGCUGAAGAAACUGCAAGGUUUGUCUGUUGGUGAAAGUGCACAGCUGCUGCGUGAAAUGGCUCUUAGUGUUUCUGAGAAGCGUCAGAUGAGAGAAUUGGUGGUCUGUUGGGAAUCUGGAAAACCUCGCUCUGCUAACAGACCCCUGUGCCUUCAUUGGUUUCAAACUUGUUUGAAGAAGGUUUCGCGUGGUGUCUGGUCUGGAAGACAGAAGUCUUUACAGCUUUGGCAGAAAGUGUUUAAAAACAUCAGCGCUCACUUUGGCAUGGGAGUUCUGUCUUACUUCAUCUUCCUCAGAAGACUUUUACUCUUCAACCUCCUCCUCAUUCUCAUCAAUGGCCUGUUCCUGCUCCUACCACAACUCUCAAAUCCAUCUACACAUUCCUCUUCAGAAGCAGAGCAUAAAUUUAACCCAUGGAUGCUUACUGGCAUGGGCAUUCUCACAAACUCCGUUAUGUUUUAUGGCCACUAUUCCGACUAUUCCGACUGUCAAACAGGAAGUAGCGUAUGUUUUCAGAAUUACAACAUUCCUCUGGCAUAUAGCUUCACUUUUGGAAUAGGCAUGUUUGUCACAUGUGUAAUGCUUGUUUACAACAUGUCUAAAGCAUUCGGAAAGAGCCAAUCAUCUACGACUACCAGGAAACUUGUUUUAAAGGUUUUCUGCUCAUGGGAUUUUAAAGUCUACAAGAAACGGUCUGUAAGACUGCAGUCAGUGAACAUCUGCACUCAGCUGAAGGAGAUGCUGUCAGAGCUCAUAUGCAAAAAACAAAAGAGGAACUUGUGUUCGACGUUGAGAUGGUUGAGUUUACACUUGCUGGUAUGGUCCAUUUGUCUGCUGUGCAUGGGUGCCUGCAUCUUUGCUGUGAACUACUUCCACCUUUUCAGGUCGAGUAUUGCUGCUGAUGCUGACCCUGUGAGAUUGCUGAUCCUGCCUUUGGCCGUGUCUGCCUACAGUCAUCUGCUGCCUGUACUCUUCGACAUGCUAUCCAGAGUGGAGCAAUACAACUCGCCAGACAUCCGCAUUUAUGUGUCUAUCGCAAGGAAUCUGUUGUUGAAAGGUUGCAUUUUUAGUGCCUUGUGUUACUACUGGUUUGGAGAAAUUGAACGGAAAAACAAUAUACAGUGCUGGGAAACAGCGGUGGGUCAGGAGCUUUACCGUUUGAUUUUGAUGGAUCUAAUAUUUGAAGUGCUGUACAUCCUCUUGGCGCAGUUUUUUUGGGGAUUUUGUGUAAGAAAUGUCACACUGAGAAAAAGGAAACUAGAGUUUGCCAUUGCUCAAGAAGUCCUGGAGCUCAUCUACAGUCAAACUCUUGUGUGGUUUGGUGUGCUGUUUUCACCACUGUUGCCUGCAGUGCAAAUUGGGAAACUUUGUGUCCUUUUCUACUUAAAAAAGACGAGCUUGAUGGUGAAUUUCCAGGCCCCCAGGAAACACUGGAGAGCCUCUCAGAUGAGCAAUCUCUUCAUCAAACUCCUUUUCAUCCCGUCCUUCACUGGAGCUCUUGCUUGUGUCAUAUACGUAAUAUGGAGUGUCAGGCCCUCAUCAGGCUGCGGGCCCUUCAGGAACCUCAGUAUGCUGUUGAUCAUUGACCAGGGGAAAAAGAGUGACAGUUUAAACUGGCUCAAGUCCACUUACAUUCACUGGGUGUACAAUCCUUUGUUCCUCUUCCUUAUAUCAGGAGCAUUUUUAGCUAUUAUAUAUAUUCACAUGCAAGUUGUGGAUGGCCAAAAGGUGAUAACAGGAAGGUUGCAGAAGCAGAUAAACUUUGAAGGUGAAGAUAAGAAGUUCCUUAUAGAUAAAAUCCAGGCCCUCAAUGAGCCGAAAUCUCAGCAUUGAGGGCUGCCUGUUUUCGUGACAUGUCACCUGUUGAUCACUUGUGCUAUCAAGGAAGAAUAAAUCCCCUUAAAAACAACAAAAAACACACAACAUAAUACCUGAAAAACUGGCGCAACGAGUACAUUCAUGUUUAUUUAUGCCUGUCUUCUGCAUUUUUUUCUAGGAUUGAAGAUGUGAUAAAAAACAGAAGAGAA